CCAGCAAUGGUCCAAUAGAUGAUUGUAUCUGCUUUUUCAGCCUUGGGCCUGAAAGGUAUGGGUACUAAUUCAACUUCUUGGAUUGUUGAUUCGGAUGCUUCUAAUCAUAUGAUUGGUAAUUCGACUAGUCUUCAUGGUGUUUGUAAGUAUAGAGGCGCACAAAAUAUUCAGAUUGCUGAUGACAGUACACUUCCUAUUACUGUUGUUGGUAUUCAUUUCACGAUAUCUUUGUCUUUCCUGGAUUGUAUACCAAUUCGAUUUCUAUUGGACAUUUGGUAGACAAUAGUUGUGAUGUUCAUUUUUCUCGUGGUGGUUGUAUUGUAUCGGAUCAGGUGUCGAGGACGGUGAUCGCGAAUGAGCCUAAAGUAGGUUGUUUAUUUCCUUUACAAUUUUCUAUUCCUGAUGUUUCUCUUGCUUGUACGACCAUUGCCAAUACUAAUGAAGUCUGGCAUAAGAAAUUAGGUCAUCCUAAUACUGUUGUCUUGACUCAUCUUAUAAAACAUGGUUUUUUGGACAACAAAGAUUCUUUCUCUUCCUUUCUUGUAUCUUUUGAUUGUGCUACUUGUCAUCUUGGUCAAAGUAAAACCUUACAUUUUCCUGCGCAUGGUAGUCGUGCUUCUAAUUACUUUGAGAUUGUGCACACUAACGUUUGGGGUGUGAGUCCUGUUAUUUCUCAUGUUUAGUAUUGUUAUUUUGUGAUGUUUAUCGAUGAUUAUAGUCGAUUCACCUAGAUAUAUUUUAUCCGUUCUAAAGCUUACGUGUUUUCUGUCUUUCAAAAAAUUGUUGUGCUUGUCGAGACACAAUUCAGUACUUGUAUCCAAACUUUACCCUUCAACUCAAGGGGGAGUACAUGUCUCACUCUUCAGACUUUUCAAACUUGUAUGAUUGAAGCAGGCUCCGCAUGUAUGGUUUGAUAAAUUUCGCUCUACCCUGCUUGCUUUUCAUUUUACUUAAGAGUCAGUUUGAUUCCUCUCUUUUUAUUCGCAAGACUUCUGCAGGAAUUGUAUUGCUUCUGGUAUAUGUUGAUGACAUUGUGAUCACUGGCUCUGAUAUUGAAUUAAUUCAGAAAGUACAACAGCAUCUCAAGGCCUCUUUUCACAUGAAAGAUCUUGGUCCCCUGCAAUACUUUCUUGGCCUUGAGGUGCAGAUUACUUCGACUGGUACAUUGUUACACCAGCACAAAUACACGCAGGAGGUGAUUUUAUUGGCUGCUCUCCAAUCGGGUAACUUUGUUCUUACUCCUUUGGAGGUAAAUCUCAAGCUUCAUCAGGAGGAAGCAAGUCAGUCAAUUUAUCUAGACUCCCCGACAUCUUCAUUUAGUUGUUGUCCGACGUAUCAUCCGUUGUCUGAAGGGAACCUUUGCACGCGGGUUGUUCUUUCCUAAAGAAUCUUCCAUACAGUUGGCAGGGUAUAGUAAUGUUGAUUGGGCUAGAUGUGCGGAUACUCUUCGUUCUAUUACUGGGUGAUGCAUGUUCUUAGGCAAUGCACUCAUUUCUUGGAAGAGUAAGAAGCAAGAUAGAGUUUCCAAGUCCUCCACUGAGUCUGAGUAUCGUGCUAUGUCUUUUGCUUGUUCUGAGAUCACAUGGCUUUCCUUAGCUUCAUUCCACUCCUCUCCAUGCUAAUAAUACCAGUGCUAUCGAGAUUGCUGCUAAUCCUGUUUUCUAUGAGCGCACGAAACACAUCGAAGUUGAUUGUUAUUCCAUCCGUGAAGCCUUUGACAAACAUGUGAUUACUCUUCCUCACAUUUCAACCACACUUCAAACGGCCGACAUUUUCACUAAAGCUCUUCCUAGGCAUCGACAUAAGUUCUUGAUUAACAAAUUGAUGCUUCUAGAUUUUCCAGCAUCAAUUUGAGGGGGGAUGUCACUAAGAUAGGAUUUCAUAUCAUUAUCUCUAACACUUAGUUGUACAUUAUCUCAUGCCACCCACUAACUAUUGUAAAUAGACAAACCGAGGAAAUUUGUAGACACAAAGCCAGGAAUUCUGUCACUCACUUGUAGACAUGAAGCUAGGAAAUAAGCCAGGAAAUUUGGCACGAUUAUGUAAACAUUUAUCUAUAUAAUAUGAUACAAUCCCUAUGGAAAAGGUAUUCAGAACAACUUUGACACUUAACAUACUUCUUCCAAUAUGAUCUUAUUCUAUCCUCAAGAUAGUUUCUACUGAAAAUCUUCGAUUACUUAUCCAAAAAAAAAAAGUGAGUGUAAUUCAAAAAGUGAAAUCAACCUUUUCUUCUGAUGCUUAAAAAAGUUGAUGCAAUAUGCAAAAAGGAAGUGUAAAUCUAGUGUUGUUGCUAAUUUAAAAAUAACUGGUAACAUGCCUAGAAUCAAUAUCACUUCUACCAACUGAAAACCAAUUGGUUGUCAUGAAGCUCCCAAUUAAAUGUCACCAUGCAUUGACCAGGUGAUUUUUGAGGUAUGCAUGCAUGUCUAGGCCGAUUGAUUUGCUACAAACAGGGGUCUGUUUGGUUCUAUCCCUCCACAAGUCAUUAAUUAGUUGAUUGCUAGCUGCAUUCUAGAAGGAUUAAUUAUACAUCAUGCCUAAUCUCUCUGGGAGUCUUUUCUAAGUGGAUUGAGAUAGAGUUUGUGGGAUGUUGUGGGGUUACAAGCUAUUUAUUUAACUGAUAUCCAUGUCUUUUGCUUUAUAUAUAUUAAUGUGCGAGGGGAUGUUGUGGCAUGCCUCUGGUUUCUAGAAGCUCGAUAUGUUUUGGAAUUGUAAUAGAAGCUCGACGUGCAAAGGGAGCAGUGAAGGAGAUCUGGCACCAAGUAUUCCAGAAGCUCUUCCUGAUUAAACUAAUGAU